GCCCCAUAUGAUACCCCUAUACUGAACCCCAGAUUGAUGAGAUGGGGUCCUGUUAGCAACCCUUCGCUGAGAAGGUCAGCCUAUUGUUAGGCAGAAGGUGGAGCGUGAAUAAUUGAGGGUGCUGCUGGGUUUAUACUUGUCCUGUCACCAGACUCAAUUCAUCCUCACAGACUUCUUUUGCCUCCACCUGAGAGAGAGAGAGAUUUACAGAUUCCAUGGAAAAUACAACAGAUCCAGAGAACAUUCCAGUCUCAAAGCCUAAAUAUCCCACUAUCAGGCGGAUCCUUUCUCAGACAUUUCGCAUUUUGUUGCUUUUCUCCAUCACCACAGCUUAUGUGCUUGGGUACCAGGCCCUUUGCCAUCAAGGGCUUCUCAUCACCUUUGGGCUUUAUGGGGCGGCCAUGCUUCUACAUCUGCUGAUGCAGGGCAUCUUUGCCAACCUGGAGAUACGCAGGAUUGAAAAGAGAGACGGGGUCUGCAGCUUUAAGAAAACAGUGGCUCUGACCAUCACUGGGUAUCAGGAAAACCCUGACUACCUGAGGCAGUGCUUGGAGUCCUGCAAGGGGAUGAAGUACCCCAAGGACAAACUCAAAAUCAUCCUGGUCAUAGAUGGGAACAAUGAAGAAGACGUUUACAUGAUGGAGAUCUUCAAGGAAGUCUUCCAUGGGGAAGAUGUAGGCACCUAUGUAUGGCAGGAGAACUACCACACUUGGAACAUCCCCAGUGAAGAAUCAGAGGACUCUUCCUCUGAGAUCUCCUCUUUUCCAUGGAAAAAUGAAGGGAUCCAAAUGGUGGAAGAGCUUGUCAGAACCAAGAGAUGUGUGUGCAUCAUGCAGCAGUGGGGUGGCAAAAGAGAAGUCAUGUACACAGCAUUCAGAGCCCUUGGGACCUCUGUGGACUUCAUACUGGUCUGUAACUCUGACAUCAAACUGGAUAAAAUGGCAACAGUAGAACUGGUGAAGGUCCUAGAAGAUGAUGAUAAGAACGGCGCAGUGGGAGGAGAUGUUCGUGUUUGGAACCGUCACGACUCAUUUAUUAGUUUUAUGAGCAGCCUGCGAUACUGGAUGGUGUUUAACAUGGAGAUAGCCUGCCAGUCUUACUUUGACAGCGUGACCUACAUCAGGGGGUCUCUGGGAAUGUACCGGAAUGAUAUUCUACAGGCAUUUCUGGAGUUCUGGUAUAACAAGACCUUUUUGGGAACCAGAUGCCCAAUUGGAGACGAUCGAUUUCUGACCAACCGGGUACUGAGCAUGGGAUAUCGUACCAAAUACAGCCACAAAUCAUGUGCUUACGCUCCAUGUCAGUAUCUCAGAUGGUUAAACCAGCAAACCCCCUGGGCCAGGUCCUAUUUUCGUAUGUGGUUCUGCAAUGCCCAGUGGUGGCACCAGCAUCACAUUUGGAUGACCUAUGAAUCAGCGACAGGCAUCUUCUUCCCCUUCUUCGUAACUGCUGUUUUGAUCCGCCUCAUGUAUUCUUCCAGCCUGUGUAACAUUGUGUGGCUCUUCCUGUGCAUACAGAUCAUGUCUCUACUUCUAUCUCUGUACGCAUCUUGGCAAAGCAAGAAACUCAGCAUGGUCUUGAUGUCUCUUUAUUCUACGUUGUACAUAAUUUGGCUUCUGCCAUGCCAGCUAGUGGCCCUAUUGACCAUAGCCAAGAGUGACUGGGGAAAAUCUGGACGCAAGAAAGUAGUAAACAAUUACGUUCCCCUCUUUUCUCUGUCCAUAUGGGCAGCUGUUUUGCUUGGUGGGUUAUGUUACAGCAUGUAUAUAGGCUGCAGGAAGGACUGGAGCAAGCCUCAAGCGAACAGAGAGUUGUACCAUCUACUAUAUGGGUGUGCAGGCUACAUGGCCUACUGGGUGCUCAUGACUGUGAUAUACUGUGUCUCGGGGAGUUGUUGCAAGAUGAGGUCCCAGGCUGUCCCUCAAACACAUGACAUAACCAGUCUAUCUGUUUCUCUUCUUGUCUGAACAUUCAGCCUUUCUUCUCACAUUGAGAAUCUAUUGGAUACGGCUUCUAGAUUGGAAAGUGUAUGUGAUGGCGUUUGUAGAACUAUGUAUGGUAGGAAACAAAAGCAAGUAUGACCUGCACUAGAUGCAUCAAAAGAAUCUGCCUGCCAAAUGCAUUGGACUAUUACGCUGUUGCACCUGCCAUUGUGAAUAGGCCCCUGUGCAUGUGUUAGUGGCGCCUGUGGGUACAUGGGCAGCAAUUGUGCGUGUGGGUGCAUACAUGCAACAGUGUUUGUGUCUCUAUUGUGUAUUGUUUUCCUUCAUUAUGUUCUCUAUAACUUGUUCCUCAUAAACGCAGAUGAAUGUUUUCCUCUUAUUUAUAAAGAUAACUCCUGCUUUUGGUUCUGGUUACUGGACUGGGUGUUUGAAUAAAUGGUUUUGGAAGAUGA